GACCUUCACAGGAAGCAUAAAACCAGCGGCAUGACGCUGAGGAUUCGCUGUCACUGCUCAGGACUGAGAAAAUGCUGCCCGCUGUGGUCAAACUCUGCUGCGGAAUCUCCUACCCACAUCUGCGGAGCGCAGCAGGACUUCAGCGGACGGCCGUGGCAGUGAUCGGUCACGAGGUCAGCAGGCAGCAGCACUGGAGGAACCUGCAACAGCAAACCCUAGAACAUGCUCAUUUGAGCUGCGAUAGUGGACCCAGCCUGGACGUGGUAGCCAAAAAAGAGCAUGUUUUCUUGGAACAGCAGGGAAGAGACGCGAUGAGGGCAGCCCUGGAGAUGCUGGAGCACCCAGAGGGCUGGGAGGUGGAGAUCUCAGAGACCAAUGGUGACAGGAUCUGCAGCAAAUUGAUGCCUGAUGCCAGGAAGGUUUUCAGACUGGACGUGGUCCUGGACGCCAACAUGGAGGAGAUCUAUGAACUACUGUUUGUCCAAGUGGAACAGAUGCACCAGUGGAACCCAAAUAUUCACAGAAUCAAAGUUCUUCAGCAUGCUGGACCUGAGACUCGGGUCACUCAUGAGGUGUCAUCACAGAUGGCAGGAAAUCUAAUCGGACAGAGGGAUUUUCUGAGCGUUAGACACAGCCUGAGAACCAAGUCCUGCAUCUACCUGGCAGGCGCAGCCACUCAGCUGGAGUCAUGUCCACCUCAGGCUGGUUAUGUCAGAGCAGAGGACGGCCCCACUUGUAUCAUCAUACAGCCUCUGAGGGGAGAGUCCAGGAGGAGUCGCUUCACCUGGCUCCUCAACAUGGACGUGAAGGGCUGGCUGCCAAAGUCCAUCGUCAAUCAGUCCCUCCCGCGGGCACAGCUGGAGUUCAUCCGACACCUACGUGGACGUCUGGCAGGAAUGGACACCCUCGGCUAAAAGUCCAAGCCAUUGACAACAGACCUCCAACGGUUUUCUGACAAAUGAAGCCACCAAGCAUCCAUCCAUUCUUCAACUUCCUCAGAGAAGAUCGGCGUGGAUGUAAUAGGAAUUCAGGCUCCUGUAACCAACUCUGACCUCAUUCACAUGUCCCGUAAUGCAGACUCCACGCCCCUUUCUUCUGGCUCGAGUCGUCCAUUUAAAGAAAUAAAAGACAGGACCUGAAGAAGGCUGAAUCGCUUUUUUAUGUCUCAGCGGAGAAAAGAGGUCAAACUUUCCAAAAACUGAAACUAGCUCACUCAUACUUUAAGCUACCUACAUACAUGAACUUGGACCUCAGCUUGAGUGCCCUGUAAAAGUGUGCCACUGAUCUUUGUUCUUAGAAUGCAGGAAAAUACAUGUAGAGUCCAGCUGUUUGCUGCAUUGUGGCUGAUGGGUUAAUGCAUCCCGAGCAAAUAACUCAGACGCCCCCUAGAGGAAUAAGCAGAUAGACACGGGGAUAAUGUUAAAAGAGUUUUACUUUUUUCCCGUACCACUUAAAAACUCAAUAAAUAUUAACAUUUAAAGCUUCCAUUCACACACGCAUAAACACACGUAUAUACACAACUAUACAAUACACAUGAUGUCUUGAACUGCAAUGGAGAAAUGGUCUUUCACCUCCUUAGUUUUCCAAUUUUCUUAUCCUAAUGUGAAAUGUACACUAUUUACAUUUGCAUCAGAAAGCAAAAUUAGGACGUGUCUUUACAACUGUUUCCUGGAAGUCACAGGUGAGGACUUUUUGUUGCUGGAGCCAAAGCUGAAACUUCACAAUCCACCAAGAGCACCACGCAUUUCCUGUCCUUAUCAAUCUUUAUCAACAAUGGUUUUUGGAAAACAAGAGAAGCACCGGAGAAGCAUGGCGCCUCCAGUCAGUGGGGGCGAGUCUGGAGUGUGAGGCUGCAGAGACUGAAUGAUGGAAGUUUCUGUGGAAUUUAUACAUCGAAAUGAGUUCAUUUCUUACCUUUAUUUAUUCAUUUAUGAGCUAUACAUAAGCACACCACUUUUCAUCUGAAUUCAUGUAUAAUUCUCAAUGUAUUUUAAAUAAAAUUCGGAAAGCUGCCAAUCAUA